ACAUCCUCAGUGUUCUUUUGAUUAUGCUGAUCCUGUAAAGAAUUUCAACCGUAACCAAGUCCGAGGCCCUGUUUGCAUGCAGAUUGGAAUCAAGGACUGUAAAGAGGCUAUAGCAUUGGAACUUACUGCUGGAGGAAAACUAUAUAAUGUGAUAGUCGAUGAUGAAAAAGUGGGAAAACAACUGCUUAAUAAUGGUCAGUUGAAAAGAAGAUGUACAGUUAUCCCCUUAAAUAAAAUAGUUGGUAGGCCAAUCGAUAAUAGAACAGUUCAGGAAGCUGAACGCUUGGUUGGAAGAAAUAAUGUUGCGACUGCACUGUCUAGAGUUUUAUAUGAUAAUGAGUUAAGACCAGCAAUGGAAUAUGUUUUUGGGGGCACCUUCAUUUGUCCAUCUAUGGAGCCUGCACAAAAGGUAACCUUCGAUAAGAAUAUAAGGAAAAAAUGUGUUACUUUAGAAGGAGAUGUUUUUGAACCCUCUGGAACUCUAUCUGGGGGUUCUAUGGGAAAUAGAGGGAAAAUGUUGGCUGACUUGGUCAAAAUACCUGAUCUCAAAAAAGCAAUCAAUGAUAAGGAAAACCAUCUAUCUCAACUGCAAAAUCAAAUUCAACACAUCAAGCAUUUAAAGGAUAGGUAUGAUUCAAUGAAUCAGCAGUAUGAAUUGAAAGAAAAUGAAGCUCAAUUACUGAAGUCCAAAAUUGAGCAAAGUAAUUUCCACAAGCAAAUUGAAGAGGUUGCAAAACUCAAACAGACUUUAGACGAACAAAUAUCUUUGUUGGCUUCCUGCAAAGAGAAGCAAAAAAGUGCUGAAAAGCUCAUCAAAGAGUUGGAGGUCAAAACAUCUAAAACUGCUCGUGAAAACAAAGUGAAAGAGGCUGAGAAAGCUGUUGCUGUUUGCAAAAGGAAAGCUGCUGCAUCUCUCGAAAAAUAUAAUGAAUUUGAAGCUGAAAUGAAUGGACUAAAACUUGAAAUAGAUGGCAUCAUUGAAGGUCUCCCUUCAUACGAAGAACAGAUUGAAGCCAAUGCAAAAAAUAUUGAAGAGUGUGAAAAGAGGUAUCAUGAAGCAGAAGAAAAGAAAAAAGAUAUAACAAACAUUGUUGCUGAACUGUCUGAUGUUUUGAAGAAGCAAAAGGCACUUAUUAGAGCUCACAAUAGUGAGAUAACAAAGUUGAACAAAGAAAAAGAAGCUAUGAGCAAAAAAAUAUCUGAUGCCCAGUUACAAAUGCAGCAGUUAGAGCAUGAUAUUAAAAACUGUGGUGAUAAUGCUGUUGAAGCACAAAAAAAGGUAAAAUAUCUCUUGGACAAGCACAAGUGGAUUGACGGACAAAAGAAGUAUUUUGGUGUUGCCAAUUCAGAAUUUGAUUUUCUAAAUUUUGAUCCAAAAGUUGCCGGCCCGCGAUUGAAAGAGUUAGAAGAGCAAAAAGAAAAGCUGCACAAAAAUGUUAAUAUGAGAGCACAAAAUAUGUUAUCAACUGUUGAAGAUCAGUACAAGAAUCUAAUGAGAAAAAAAGAUGUAGUAAUGCGUGAUAAGCAAGCUAUUGAGAAUGUUAUUACGCAACUUGAUGAUCAGAAAAAGGUGGCUUUAAGAAAAGCAUGUGAACAAGUAAACAAAGAUUUUGGCUCAAUAUUCCGAACCCUGUUACCUGGUACGGAUGCAAAGCUUCUGCCUCAACCAGGAAAAACAGUUCUGGAUGGAUUAGAAUUCAAAGUAGCCUUUGGAGAUGUUUGGAAGGAAUCCCUUAAUGAACUGAGUGGGGGACAAAGGUCAUUGGUUGCUUUAUCCUUAAUUUUGGCUCUACUCCUCUUCAAUCCUGCACCCAUAUACAUUUUGGAUGAAGUUGAUGCAGCGUUAGAUCUGUCACAUACUCAGAACAUAGGGAAAAUGCUAAGAAUGCAUUUUAAAGCAUCACAAUUCAUCAUUGUCUCAUUGAAGGAUGGCAUGUUCAACAAUGCUAACGUUCUCUUCCGUACAAAGUUCAGCGACGGAAUGUCAUCUGUAGCACGCUUUGCUCAAAGAGCACAGUAAAAACUUGCUUGUGUUGGAAGAUCAUUUGUACAUUUAUCAUAUAUAUAUAUAUUGAACAGUUUGCUAAUAAAUAUUUACACACAAAGUCUUA